GGGCAAGUGAGUGCGUAAUUGGAAAAGUACACAGAGUAUGUCUGUGGGGUGCUUGUAUUGUCUGAAGGAACGCAGACAAAGGAACGCCACCGCUGAUGGGCACUACGAUCGAGCUUCCACUGCCUGGAAUGCGCGCCAUGCCAAGCCAACCCAUCGGUCCUGGGCAUUGCGCGUGCCGAUGUCUCAUGUGCCACGGCAACCUCACACGCUGUUCUGCGUUUGUUAGAUCGGUCACGUCUUAUAAUGCAUGCAUAUACCUGUGUCACACGUGCUCACGUGGACCUAGUGGAAGAGGCAGAUCACAUACAUAUAGCGUAGAGUAGCAGCCUAAGGCAC